UGUGAAUGGUCCGGCAGUCUUCUGGGACCUGUCAUGUGUCUGCAGUCUCUGGUCAUCUCCUGUACCGUGUCCGCAGUCCCUGGUCAUCCCCUGUACCGUGUCCACAGUCUCUGGUCAUCACCUGUACCGUGUCCGCAGUCUCUGGCCAUCUCCUGUACCGUGUCCGCAGUCUCUGGUCAUCCCCUGUACCGUGUCCGCAGUCUCUGGUCAUCCCCUGUACCGUGUCCGCAGUCUCUGGUCAUCCCCUGUACCGUGUCCGCAGUCUCUGGUCAUCCCCUGUACCGUGUCCACAGUCUCCGGUCAUCUCCUGUACCGUGUCCACAGUCUCCGGUCAUCUCCUGUACCGUGUCCGCAGUCUCUGGCCAUCUCCUGUACGGUGUCUGCAGUCUCUGGUCAUCUCCUGUACUCUGUCCGCAAUCUCUGGUCAUCUCCUGUAGUAUGUCCGCAGUCUCCGGUCAUCUCCUGUACUAUGUCUGCAGUCUCUGGUCAUCUCCUGCACUUGUCCACAGUCUCUGUUCAUCUCCUGUACUAUGUCCACAGUCUCUGGUCAUUUCCUGCACUAUGUCUGCAGUC